CCCACCUCCCCCACCAUCUUAUCCAUUUUACCAAACCCGUUCGGACCCUGGCCACGCAGGCCGUUCAACUAUAGCCUUGCCCAGUAGUUGCCCUCAACCUUGACGCAGCGCGGAUAGUAGUAGACGGUUGACCCAGCCCAGCCCAGCCGGCCUCAACCGAGGAAGAAGGCUAUUGUGGUGUUGAACAGACAUCCCAGCGCCCAAGUACCAGUCAAAACCCUCCUCUUCUUCCUUCCGUCAACACAAAACCCAAACCCUCUCUUCCAAACCCCUUCUGCCCGUUGUUCUUUGAAUGCUUGCGGUGUAAUACUCUCCCCUCCCUCCCCACUGCAGCUCGUGAAGCUCCAAGUUCACAGCCAUAACCGAGCCCUCUCUAUCCCAGUUCUGGGUCUAUCGCUUGUCAUCACCCCUCACCCAAGCUCCUCUCUCUCUGUCUGCCCUGCGCAAUAGCUACACCCCGGCACCAUGGCCGACGAGCACAAUCCCAAUGGCGCCUACAGCGAGGUGUUCGAAGAUGCCGACGCUCGCCCUGCGCAGACGGUCCAUCGCAUUCGUGCCAAUUCCAGCAUUAUGCGCUUGAAGAAGAUCCUCGUGGCCAAUCGAGGAGAGAUUCCUAUUCGUAUCUUCCGUACAGCCCACGAGCUUUCACUGCAGACAGUUGCGGUUUACAGUUAUGAGGACCGGCUUAGCAUGCACAGGCAGAAGGCCGAUGAAGCCUACGUCAUUGGCAAGCGCGGUCAAUAUACACCGGUCGGGGCAUACUUGGCAGGCGACGAAAUCAUCAAGAUUGCCCAGGAGCAUGGCGUUCAGAUGAUACAUCCUGGAUACGGUUUCCUCUCCGAGAAUGCGGAAUUUGCUCGAAAGGUCGAGAAAGCUGGUCUAAUUUUCGUCGGUCCCUCGCCAGAAGUUAUCGAUGCCCUUGGCGACAAGGUUUCCGCCAGAGCCAUAGCCAUCAAGGCAGGCGUACCAGUCGUCCCUGGAACUGAGGGAGCAGUGGACAAGUUCGAGGAUGUCAAGAAGUUCACUGACCAAUACGGGUUCCCCAUUAUCAUCAAGGCUGCCUAUGGCGGUGGUGGACGCGGUAUGCGAGUUGUACGAGAACAAUCCAGUUUGGAAGAUGCUUUCAACAGAGCUACCUCCGAAGCCAAGGCCGCCUUUGGCAACGGAACUGUCUUUGUGGAACGCUUCCUCGACAAGCCAAAGCACAUCGAAGUGCAGCUUUUGGGAGACAACCAAGGAAACAUUGUUCACCUGUACGAGCGUGAUUGUUCCGUUCAGCGAAGACAUCAGAAGGUCGUCGAAUUGGCUCCGGCCAAGGACCUUCCAACUGAAGUCCGAGAUGCCCUCCUGAAUGAUGCGGUCAAGCUUGCCAAGUCUGUCAACUACCGAAAUGCUGGAACUGCGGAGUUCUUGGUCGACCAGCAGAACCGUUACUACUUCAUCGAAAUCAACCCCCGUAUUCAAGUCGAGCACACCAUCACGGAGGAAAUCACCGGCAUUGAUAUCAUCGCUGCUCAGAUCCAGAUCGCUGCCGGUGCAACGCUAGCACAACUUGGACUUACCCAAGACCGCAUUUCCACAAGAGGUUUUGCUAUCCAGUGCCGAAUCACAACAGAAGAUCCUUCCAAGAAUUUCCAGCCGGACACUGGAAAGAUCGAGGUUUAUCGAUCCGCUGGUGGUAACGGAGUUCGAUUAGACAGCGGCAGCGGCUUUGCAGGCUCAGUUAUCACCCCUCACUACGACUCCAUGCUGGUCAAGUGUACCUGCCACGGUUCUACAUACGAGAUUGUGCGACGAAAGAUGCUCCGAGCUUUGGUCGAGUUCCGUAUCCGUGGUGUGAAGACGAACAUUCCAUUCUUGGCGUCUUUACUCACACACCCCACGUUUAUAGAUGGCAACUGCUGGACUACUUUCAUUGACGAUACCCCCGAACUCUUUGACCUUGUUGGCAGCCAGAACCGUGCCCAAAAGCUGCUAGCGUACCUGGGAGAUGUUGCUGUCAACGGCAGCAGUAUCAAGGGCCAAAUCGGAGAGCCGAAGCUCAAGGGCGAGAUCAUCAUGCCAGAGCUGUUCGAUGAGUCCGGAAAGAAGAUUGACACCAGCGUGCCUUGCCAGAAGGGUUGGAGAAACAUCAUUGUUGAACAAGGUCCUGAAGCAUUUGCCAAGGCCGUCCGGAAGAAUAAGGGAUGUCUUCUGAUGGACACAACAUGGCGCGAUGCCCAUCAAUCACUGUUGGCUACCCGUGUGCGCACGGUUGAUCUCUUGAACAUUGCUAGGGAAACUAGCCAUGCUUACAGCAACCUGUACAGUCUUGAGUGCUGGGGUGGAGCGACCUUCGACGUGGCGAUGCGUUUCCUCUAUGAGGAUCCAUGGGACAGACUGCGGAAGAUGCGAAAGCUCGUCCCUAACAUCCCAUUCCAGAUGCUUCUGCGUGGAGCCAACGGAGUUGCCUACUCGUCCUUGCCAGAUAACGCAAUCUUCCACUUCUGCGAACAGGCAAAGAAGCACGGUGUCGACAUCUUCCGAGUAUUCGACGCUUUGAACGACAUUGACCAACUUGAAGUUGGUAUCAAAGCUGUCCACCAGGCUGGAGGAGUUGUCGAGGGUACAGUCUGCUAUAGUGGAGAUAUGCUGAACCCAAAGAAGAAAUACAACUUGGAGUACUACAUGGACUUGGUGCAAAAGCUUGUGGAUCUCAAGAUUCACAUUUUGGGUAUCAAGGAUAUGGCAGGUGUUCUUAAGCCCCGGGCCGCUACUUUGUUGAUCGGUGCUAUCCGCAAGAAGUACCCUGAUCUCCCCAUCCACGUCCACACUCACGACUCAGCUGGUACUGGUGUCGCCUCAAUGGUUGCUUGCGCAUAUGCAGGCGCUGAUGCUGUGGACACUGCAACGGACAGCUUGUCUGGUAUGACAUCUCAGCCAAGUGUCGGUGCCGUCCUGGCCUCGCUGGAAGGCACGGAGUUCGACCCGAAAUUGAAUGUUCAGCACGUUCGAGCUAUUGAUACAUACUGGGCUCAGCUCCGUCUUUUGUACUCGCCCUUCGAAGCCGGCCUUACGGGUCCGGAUCCGGAGGUUUACGAGCACGAGAUUCCAGGUGGUCAAUUGACGAACAUGAUGUUCCAGGCUUCCCAGCUUGGUCUCGGUGCACAGUGGGCAGAGACCAAGAAGGCUUAUGAAGAAGCAAAUGACCUGCUCGGUGACAUCGUGAAGGUCACCCCGACAUCCAAGGUUGUUGGUGACUUGGCUCAGUUCAUGGUCUCCAACAAGCUCAGCUACGACGAUGUCCAGAAGAGAGCCAGCGAGCUUGAUUUCCCAGCUUCAGUUCUCGAAUUCUUCGAAGGACUGAUGGGUCAACCAUAUGGAGGGUUCCCAGAACCACUCCGUACGAAUGCUCUGCGCGGCCGCCGCAAGCUGAACAAGCGACCUGGUCUCUCUCUGGAGCCACUCGAUCUCCAGCAGAUCAAGAAGGAUAUCCAUGCGAAGUGGGGAAGCGUCACCGAGUGCGAUGUUGCCAGUUACGCCAUGUACCCCAAGGUCUUCGAAGACUACAAGAAGUUCGUACAAAAGUACGGUGAUCUCAGCGUGCUCCCAACCAAAUACUUCCUUUCAAGACCUGAGAUUGGAGAGGAGUUCCACGUUGAGCUUGAGCAGGGCAAGGUUUUGAUUCUGAAGCUACUUGCCGUUGGUCCUCUGUCAGACACCACUGGCCAGCGUGAGGUGUUCUACGAGAUGAACGGAGAGGUCCGCCAAGUAACUGUUGAUGAUAACAAGGCAGCUGUGGAGAACACCAGCCGACCAAAGGCCGAUCCUGGAGACAGCAGCCAGGUCGGAGCGCCUAUGUCCGGAGUCGUGGUUGAGCUUCGUGUCCAUGAUGGUACGGAAGUCAAGAAGGGCGAUCCUCUUGCGGUUCUGAGUGCCAUGAAGAUGGAAAUGGUCAUCUCAGCGCCACAUGCUGGUAAAGUGUCCAGUACCCAGAUCAAAGAGGGCGAUUCGGUCGCUGGGUCCGAUCUCAUCUGCAAGAUCGUCAAGCCAGGCGACAAGUAA